AUGGACGUCGUUGGGCUUCUCAUCCUCACCGCGAUUCCUACCGUGACUGGUGUUUGCCAGGCCGUCCAUGGCCAAAGGGAACACAAGCAGAGGGAGAAAGAUGCUAGGCGCAUGCAAAAGUUCUAUAUCGACGUGUAUUGUGAAGCCCAGAGUUCGCGCACGCGCGAGAUUCAUGAGAAACGACUUGUCCUAAAAGAUGGCCGGGUGUGGAUUGGACCACAUGAAGCCCUAAAUCCUUGCGAGGAUGGAUAUGUCAUCGAGGCGUUCUACAUUGAAUAUCCGGAUAACGAAAGAGUCCCUGUGCCCCUUGGGCUGGUCAGUCAAGUCCAAGAAGACCCGCCGUUGUUGAACUGGAUCUACGUGGACAAAGACACGAUGGAGUUGAAAUACGGUAACAAGUCAGCCAGCAUAGAGCACCACGUCGGGCCGUGGGACUGGACGGAGGACGAGGAGGGCAUAACUUUCGAUGAGACCGAGGCCUUUACAGCUGUGGAAGAUCCAGCCACCCGAAAAUGGCAGCUAUACUACGACAUGGAUGACGACGGGUUGAGUCGGUUUGUGCCAAAGGGCAGGCGCAAGUUCCAGAUCAGCUUGGAAAGGACGUUGAUACCCGGCGCAGAAGGCGGCAAAUAG